CGCGGAGGCAGCGACGACGACAAAAUUAUUAUUGCAACGUGCUCCUUCGAAUUCCACCGUAGUGGUUUAAUUUUACCGACGAAGAUUUCUCGUUUUCGGUUUCACGCGGUUUUCGACCGGCCAGACGAUAACAACGACCGUUCGACAUCGUGAACGCGCGCAAUAUUAUCCGAAGCCAUCGUCGUCGCGACGGUUAUUAUACGGCGCGACACCGUGAGACGCGCCCACCGCAGGCGACGAAACCGUUAUCGUCGCGAUACAUGACAAUAAUUGUAACGAUAAUAUUACUGUUAUUCUCGGUUCUUACGGAAAUUGUGCGAAAUCGCGGUUUACUCGUAACAUAACAGUCGUAGGUACGCUUCGCCAUCGGCUCCGGCCAGAAGACGCGCACGGAGUGUAGGCCGUCGUCGCCGUCCCGCGAAUUCAUCGUCAUUUUACGAAUAAUUUACAAGAAUGGCACGUGACACGCCGGACGAAUCAGUUCCACUAGAAUUAAUCAUACCGGGUAAUACAAAAAGAGGAUCACUGGUCAGUAGUCGUUUCGUUGAUUUAGCCACUGACGGAUUGUCCAACGGCCAUUCAAAUGUCCCUGUUCAGAAACCAUUGAAACUGAAGAACCUCAUAUCUAAAGGAGAAGCAUUCGAUUCAUUGCAUCACAACUCUACCAAGCCUCCUUUGUGCAAUGAAAGAGCAUGCCUGGGUAGUAUUAUGCUUCCGCCAGCAUUCCAUAACUCAACAGUAAGACCAAAAGCUGAAGUACUAGAGCUUGCUGAAGAUUUUAUGAAACAAUAUUUCGCCUCCAUUAAAAGGUCCAAUACUCCAGCGUAUGAAGCCAGAUGGGAACAAGUACAACAAGAAGUUAAUGCAACCGGUACUUAUCAACUUACAGAAACUGAAUUGGUAUUUGGUGCCAAAUUAGCGUGGAGGAAUUCUGCCAGAUGUAUUGGACGAAUACAAUGGGCUAAACUGCAGAUGUUUGAUUGUAGAUCAGUGACUACGACUAGCAACAUGUUUGAAGCUAUUUGCAACCACAUAAAGUACAGCACAAACAAGGGUAACAUAAGAUCAGCUAUAACUGUAUUUCAACAAAGGACCGAUGGUCGGCACGAUUUUCGUGUGUGGAACUCGCAACUGAUUUCUUACGCUGGAUACAAGCAACCAGACGGAACAAUCAUUGGCGACCCGAUGAACGUAGAAUUCACUGACGUGUGUACAAAACUAGGUUGGCGCGGAAAGGGCACAAGAUGGGAUUUACUCCCUUUGGUGUUAUCAGCAAACGGACACGAUCCAGAUUAUUUCGAUUUACCGAGGGAACUAGUUUUGGAAGUUUCGCUCAUUCAUCCAUCAUUUGAUUGGUUUUCUGAUUUGGGUCUCCGAUGGUAUUGUCUUCCCGCAGUGUCCGGAAUGAUGUUCGACUGUGGAGGAAUUCAGUUCACAGCUUGUCCGUUCAAUGGGUGGUACAUGAGCUCGGAAAUCGGAUGUAGGAAUCUAUGUGACCCACAUAGAUAUAAUGUUCUAGAUGAAGUUUUAGAACGUAUGAAAAAUGAAUUGAAAAAUUACGGAUUUUUGAAAAAAGAUCGAGCUCUUAUUGAAGUAAAUUUAGCUGUACUCCACAGUUUCCAAUCAAACAAUAUCACGAUAAUGGAUCAUCACACUGCAUCUGAAUCGUUUAUGAAACACUACGACAACGAGUUAAGAACAAGAAAAGGAUGUCCCGCGGAUUGGGUAUGGAUUGUGCCUCCGAUUUCUGGCUCGAUUACUCCUGUUUUUCAUCAAGAAAUGGUCAGCUACGAACUUCAUCCAAUGUAUGCUUAUCAGGAACCAGCCUGGAAAACUCAUGUUUGGAAAAAAGGACAAAACCAAGGAAAAUCGUUAAAGAAACAGAGACGAAAGUUCCACUUUAAACAAAUCGCCAGAGCUGUGAAAUUUACAUCAAAAUUAUUUGGACAAGCAUUGUCUCGUAGAAUAAAAGCGACCAUACUCUAUGCAACAGAAACAGGAAGAUCAGAAAUGUAUGCGAAAAAAUUGGGUGAAAUAUUUGCACAUGCUUUUCAUUCUCAGGUAAUGAGCAUGGAAGAAUAUGAUAUGACAAGUAUUGAACACGAGGCGCUAUUGUUAGUAGUUGUAUCAACUUUUGGUAACGGUGAUCCUCCGGAGAAUGGACAGGAAUUUGCACAACAAUUGCAUUCAAUGAAAAUGGAACACGAAGGCACUAAUUCUAAUAAAUCGCUUGCCGUUAAAGCAUCACCUCUCAGCUCCGCAUCAUUUAUAAAGGCAAAUAGUCUUUCAGAAUGCCAUCAUUUAACUGAUCUAAAUGAUGUAUCUAACAGAGAUUCGACAGAUGUUGAUAACUUCGGACCACUUGGAAAUGUCAGAUUUGCGGUGUUUGGAUUAGGCUCGAGUGCGUAUCCCAACUUUUGUGCAUUUGGAUCGUAUGUUGAUAAUCUUCUAGGUGAGCUUGGUGGAGAACGACUAAUCAAACUCAAUAAGGGCGACGAAAUGUGUGGCCAAGAGCAAGCCUUUAAAAAAUGGGCUACUGAUGUUUUUCAUGUGAGCAGACUUAAAACAAUGUUGACAUCAAAAGUGGCGUGUGAAACUUUCUGCUUGGACAUGGACGAAUCUCUUAGCGAAGCUUCACAAGUACUUCAUAACGAAAAGCUGUCCGCCUCUACAGUUCGAUUCGUGAAUAGUUCUGAACCGGACAAUCUGCAUUCCGCAUACUCACAUUAUCACAACAAAAGAGUUUGGACGUGCCGACUCUCUAACAAACAGAACUUAAUGAGCAACAGUGGAGACUGCAAGAGUGACCGCGUGACAUUGUGGCUAGAAAUUGACGUGGAUGAUUGGGCGAAAUCGGAGAAGAUAAUGUAUCGACCCGGCGAUCACGUGGGCAUGUUCGCGACCAACCGAGAUGAACUAGUGUCUGGUAUUAUCCCGUACUUGCAAUGUGAUCAAGAUCCUGACGAACCGAUGGAACUUCAAAUGCUCAAAGAAAAACAUACAUCUACAGGUGUAUCUAAGAAUUGGUUACCUCACGAGAAGAUACCAAGAUGCUCUUUGCGAACUUUAUUGACACGAUUCUUAGACAUCACUACACCACCUACACCAAAUAUGCUACAAUUUUUUGCUUCAUGUGCUACUGAUCCUACAGAUAAAAAAAAUCUCAUAGCAUUAGCGACAGACAGUGCCGCUUACGAAGAUUGGCGUCAUUGGAACUUACCCAAUCUUCUAGAGAUUUUCCAAGAGUUUCCUUCUAUUAAACCACCAGCUGCUUUAUUAGUCGCACAGCUUACACCAUUACAGCCGAGAUUUUACAGUAUUUCUUCGUCAAGUUUAUUACAUCCGCAUAAAGUGCACCUCACUGUCGCAGUAGUGACUUAUAAGACUAAAGGUGGAAAAGGCUUAUUACACUACGGCGUAUGUUCUAAUUACUUAUUAGACGCUAACAUAAAUGACACGGUGUACAUGUUUAUUCGAAGUGCACCAAAUUUCCAUUUGCCCGAAGACGUGACAAAGCCGUUAAUACUCGUGGGUCCCGGCACAGGUAUCGCCCCGUUCCGAGCGUUUUGGCAACACAGAUAUGCGCAGAAGAAAAGCGGCAUUGAUGCCAAAAUGGGCAGAACCAUGUUGUUCUUCGGAUGCCAAUACAAAUCGAUGGAUCUCUACAAAACGGACAAGAUGGAAAUGAUAAAAGAAGGCGUAUUGAACAAGACUUACUUGGCACUGUCUAGGGAACCAUCGAUUCCGAAGACUUACGUACAAGACUUGAUGUUGAAAGAAGCGAAAAUGAUAUACGAAUUAAUAGCCGUGGAAAGGGGACACUUUUACGUAUGUGGUGAUUGUAAGAUGGCUGAGAACGUGUACCAGACCCUCAAGUCGAUAAUUCAAGAGCAAACCGGCAUGAAUUCGACACAGUCCGAUAACUUCAUGUUGGGAUUACGGGACGACAACCGUUAUCACGAAGACAUAUUCGGCAUCACGCUGAGGACGGCUGAGGUGCACAACAGUUCAAGGCUGUCUGCUCGAAUCCGAAUGGCGUCCGAAACGCUUCCAUAACGUUCAAUUUGGCCUACAAUAGGCAACAUGUUGGCUAAGUCGAUAGCAACGAUACAAGAAUUUAGAGACAAAAAAUUGUAAUUAUAUUACCUUUUGGGUAUACGUACCUACUUAAUAAUACGUAUGUAGACGCGAUUGUAUAAAUACAUUAUUAUUUUUCGGAUAAUUUCAAAUUUACAAUAAUAUGAUAAUAUUAUUAUGACGUGCUUAUCCCCUCUCUACACACACCUACACACACUAUCAUCGUACUGUAGCCCGCCCGCAUAUUAUUUUGUGUAGUGAGUAGAGGUAUCUGUUGUACAUAAAUUAAGUAUUCUAUACGCUACCCACUCGCCGAAAACAUAAAUACGAAAACGUCUCUGACUCUCUGUCCAUUAAUUAUUGGAUGCUUCAAAAAUACGAGAUAAAACUGUUGGUUUUUUUUCUUUUUCACGAUUUCGUGUUUUCUUUCUGGCGAUAUACGCACUACCCACUUUUGCGUUUUAAAAUAUGCAAUGUUUAAAACGAUCUCAUAUAUGGGUUUGCGCGUGUAUAAUUAAUGAAUGCCCGCACGUUUCCGUUUUGUUUCGAUUUCAGUUGAUCAAAAAAUCAUAUUAUACAUCAUUUAUUGAGGCGAGUAAAAACAAUUUUUGGAACGUCGUAGUCGAACAUAAUAUUGUAAUGUUAUUUAUGAAUUCAAUUUUAAUUAAUUCAUCAGCAUUUGUAAUUUAGACAAUAUUAUACAUAAAACUGUACAUAUUACACAUUAUACAACGCGCAUAUAGGUAGUUACAUAUAAUAACUAUAUGUAGCCAUGUAGGGUACCUAUGUGUGAUUGUAACCUAACCAAUACGCAAUUGAAACGUUGUUAGUUAUAUAGUUAAUUAUAUACUUAUAUUUAAACGUACUCGGUAAAAGUACCUAAUGUAGUUUAAUAAUCUAAGUCAGUGGUUCUCAAUUUUUUUUUCUAUUCCAGUACAAACUAAGGAUAUUCACACCCCACUUGAAACUAAUAUUAUAUAGUAUUUAGUAUUAAUUAUGGCGGUAAAUAAUAGUUCCAAUUUUUCUCCAAAUCUAAGUAUUGCCCAUCAGCUUUCCGUGUACCAUAUAUAUUGAGAACAACUGAUCUAAUAGUUAAAUAGUUUAAAUACAGUAAUACUAAUCACGGAUUCAUCUUGAAUUUUUUUGUAAAUUAUCUCCUUGUGUAUAAACUACAUAUAAAUAUAUUCUUUUAUGUUACCAAAAGUAUUUACAUUUAAAUCUUUACUAUAUUUAAUUAAAC